CAUAAAGUCUCUGUCUCUCUGUGGAGGCUCGGGGGGCUUUUCUUUCCUCUCUUGCCCCUUGAUCCUCCACCUCUGUCCGUCCCUGUUUGUCAGAAAACAUCCAUCCUCUUCAUCAGCUGCAGCUUCAUCCUUCAGCCUCUGUGCAGACAGACAGACAGACAGACAGACAGACAGACAGAGAGACAGACAGAGAGACAGACAGGCAGACAGACAGACAGACAGGAUGCGUGCUGCCUUCACGGACCUCCUCCUCCCGCACUGACUCACGGAGACGCGCCGUGAACGUUUCUUCCUGCUCGGCUCUGAUCCGGUGAGUCUCACCCAGACAAACACCUCACGGACGGGGCUCGUUGUCACCGACACGUCGGCGGGUUCGGGCUCCGGUGUGCGGCUCUGUCGGCUGUGGACCAGCCGCUGUCGGUUCCGAUGGUUCCGUUGUGAUCGGGUCCGCAUCAGUCCGUCAUCGCCGUGAUCAGAGCAGACAUGUUGUUCAGGCCGAGGGCAGGUUUGUUUGUGAUGGAGGAGAAGAUGAAGAUGAAGAUGAGGAGCCGGGAUGAAGAGCAGCAGCUCCUGUCUGCUGCAGCAGUAUAACGAUGGUGUAUGCCCAGUCAUCAAACACAGUUGGUGUCAAUCCCUCCCUUUACUCUCCAGCUUUCACGUAUCAGAUGUCAUUUAACUUCUCUGAGAGGGAAAACUCGACUGUCCUGGCAACCUCACCCACAACUCGUCCGUGCAGCCUCGAGGGCUCGCCCUCCGGCCAGCUCAACAGGACCUCCGUCUCCUAUGAGCUGACCUCAGGUGAGGUUGCCGUCCUGGGCUUGGUGUUCGGGGUUCUCUGGCUGGUCUCCAUCCUGGGAAAUGCCCUCGUCUGCCUGGUCAUCCACCGGAGCCGACGGACUCAGUCCACCACAAACUACUUUGUGGUGUCUAUGGCCUGUGCAGACCUGCUCAUGAGCCUGGGUUGUGCCCCCUUCAUCCUUCUGCAGGUCGCCUCAGGACGAUGGCCACUAAGCGCCGCUGCCUGCAAGGCUGUCCGCUACCUGCAGCACCUCUGCCCAGGUGUGCAGGUCUAUGUCCUGCUUUCUAUCUCUGUAGACCGGUUCUACACAAUCGUCUACCCGCUCAGCUUCAAGGUGUCCAGGGAGAAAGCAAAGAAGAUGAUCUUGGCCUCGUGGCUGUUUGAUGCAGCCUUCGUGUCACCCUGCCUCUUCUUCUAUGGCUCCACAUCUGCAGGCAGCAAUCAUUGUGACUUUUUCCUUCCAGACAGCUGGGGCAGUAUAGCCUAUGCUGCGGUCCACCUCCUGGUUGGGUUUUUGGUCCCGGUGGUGCUGAUCAUGUCAUUCUACCAGCGUGUGGUCCGCUACAUCUGGAGGAUCAGCGCUGAUGGUCACACGGUACGGCGGACAAUGAACAUUGUCCCACGGACUAAAGUCAAGACCAUCAAGAUGUUCCUCAUGCUCAAUUCAGUUUUCUUCUUUACCUGGACACCCUUCUUCAUCGCCCAGCUGUGGCACCCGAAGGAGUCUGAUGGACCCAGUCGGCAGGGGCUGCUGUUCUUCACGGCCAUCGCCUGGAUCUCCUUCAGCUCCACGGCGUCCAAGCCGACCCUGUACUCCGUCUACAAUGCGAACUUCAGAAGGGGCAUGAGGGAGACCUUCUGUAUGUCGUCCAUGAAAUGCUACCGCAGUAAUGCGUACACCAUCACGGCGAGCUCUCGGAUGGCCAAAAAGAACUACGUCGGGGUGGUGGACAUCCCAGUGCAAGCAAAGACGGUCACCAAGGACUGCGUCUACGAUACAUUCGACCGAGAGGCAAAGGAAAAGAAGGUCGCCUGGCCCACUAACGCCAACCCUCCGAAUACUUUUGUCUGAGCGGUUUUUAAAACUGUGGACAAAAAAUGAACUCGUCUGAAACUUUAAUCUUCAACAGCACAACGUCAACGUUAGCAGCUCACAGAUGUUUGUACAAAGGGCUUCUGAUGGAACAUCUCCUGGCAGCCAUAUCGGACAGCUCGCUGUUUUUAUACUUAAGAUUUGAACCAUAACUUCUUUCUGUGCCGUGUUCUGACCGGUUGUUUUCUCAUUGAUGCAUCAGAUCUUGUGUUUUGAUAUGUCAGCUCGUUAGCUCGCUCGUUAGUCUGUGGCCCUCUAUCAGUGACCUGUUGUUAUUCGCUGCAGUAAUGUGUGUGGUAGAAGCUAACGCUAGUCGUGGCUACAAGCUUAAUGUUAACAUCAUCUUUGCUUUCUUGGAUAGCUGUCCAUAAAUCUACAGUUUGUUCAGGUGAAACUUUGAGUUAUUUCAUUAAAAGAUACAAGAAG